UCUUCAUUAUAGUAAAAAGAAUCGCGCUGGAAAGACGUGUAUUUGGAAAGAUGCAGAGACGUGAUGUUUGGGAUUUGUUUCGAACAGUAUUUUCAAUUAGUGAUUUAUUCGAAUGAAGCAAUCGCUCAAUAUUCGUGAAGUGAGAGAGAUAACGCUUGCCGAGAUUCCAUCCCGUAAAGUGCUGAUAAAUAAUGUGUACCUAAUUUAACGCAAGGGUGUAUUUGUUUGUGAAAUGGCAUUUAAUCGGAGUAAAAUUGUGAACCACGUGAGAUGAAAAUCGAAGCGAUGCAAUCGUGAAUGGAAGAUGUCGUGUGUGCUAGGAAUGUUAACUGAAUGACGAAGAUCUAAUUACUACGAAAAUAGCCUGAAGGCAAUACGCAUUUUGUCGCGGAAUCACAUGUGUAGAAUGCGACGACGUGUUCAAAACAAUCCUUGCGGUCAAUGGAAGAUUUGUUUCUAAUCUCUGUAUAGACUGAGUUGUGCGCGAAGCUGCAAAAUCUAGUUCAAGUGCCUUGACCAUUAAUGAAAUUUGUCAACAUAGUGCUGUGAUUUAUAUUGAGUGAUCUGCUUACGUCUGAAGAACUAGGUGAAAUCAUCGAAAAUGUGUAAAUCUAGAUAAGUGUUUUGUAGAAGUGAAGUGAAGAACCAUUGGUUCAAUUUACGAUGGAGUGGUCAUGGCUGAAGGAUUGGUGGCGUUUGAAGAGACCACGGCGAAAAUAUCGACGCAAUAGAGCAGGAGCGAAUACUGAACCCGGCGUUGCCGAUAGUGAUUGUGAGCAAUACGGUGAUCAAGCAGCAGGAGAACCUGGCACCUACAAUCGACAUAAUGCCAGGAGUCGGGCUUGCUCGUUCGAUUGUGACGAUGAGACCAUCUGUUAUUGUGAUGAAUGUAUGAAUGGGGACCUUGAUUCAACAGAUGGGCUCGACUCGGAUGAUUCGUCUGCAUCCGGCAAGCAGGUGGUGGUGGCAGUGUGUGCAAUGGCCAAAAAAUCACAAUCCAAACCGAUGAAGGAGAUUCUCACCCGGCUGCAGGAGUUCGAGUUCAUAAAAAUGAUCGUGUUCAGCGAAGAAAUUAUUCUCGGCGAACCUGUCGAGAAGUGGCCCAUCUGUGACUGUCUGAUAUCGUUCCACUCCAAGGGUUUCCCGCUGGAUAAGGCCAUUCAGUAUGCGCAGCUCAGACAGCCAUAUGUAAUUAACAAUUUACAUAUGCAAUUCGAUAUUCAGGUAGAUCGAAGACGUGUGUAUGCCAUACUGGAGAAGGAAGGCAUUGAGAUUCCAAGAUAUGCAGUGCUCGAUCGAGAUUCACCGGAUCCAAAACAACACGAGCUAGUAGAAUCUGAAGAUCAUGUGGAAGUCAAUGGAAUUAUAUUCAACAAACCUUUUGUCGAGAAGCCAGUCUCGGCUGAGGAUCACAACAUAUACAUCUACUAUCCCACAUCGGCCGGUGGAGGUAGCCAACGUCUGUUUCGAAAGAUCGGAAGCCGCAGUAGCGUGUAUUCGCCCGAAUCUCGUGUUAGGAAAACGGGUUCUUUCAUCUAUGAAGAUUUUAUGCCAACUGAUGGAACUGAUGUGAAAGUGUAUACGGUCGGUCCUGAUUACGCCCAUGCCGAGGCUAGAAAGAGCCCUGCUCUCGAUGGUAAAGUUGAGAGAGAUAGUGACGGCAAGGAAAUCAGGUAUCCAGUAAUUUUGAGUAACGCAGAAAAGUUGAUUUCGCGCAAGGUUUGCCUUGCCUUCAAACAAACCGUGUGCGGAUUCGAUCUGCUGCGUGCUAACGGGAAAUCGUUUGUCUGUGAUGUUAACGGGUUUAGUUUCGUGAAAAAUUCUAACAAAUAUUACGACGAUAGCGCAAAGAUAUUAGGAAACAUGAUACUUCGAGAACUGGCACCUACUUUACAUAUACCAUGGUCCGUUCCGUUUCAAUUAGACGAUCCGCCGAUAGUUCCGACAACAUUCGGAAAAAUGAUGGAACUGCGCUGUGUUACUGCCGUUAUAAGGCAUGGCGAUCGAACGCCGAAGCAAAAAAUGAAAGUAGAAGUGAGACAUCCGAAAUUUUUCGAAAUUUUCGAGAAAUACGAUGGUUAUAAGUACGGACAUAUUAAACUAAAGCGGCCGAAACAAUUGCAAGAAAUUUUGGAUAUUGCAAGGUCACUACUUGCAGAAAUACAAACGAAAGCCGCCGACUCGGAGAUUGAGGAAAAACAAAGCAAACUGGAACAGUUGAAAAGUGUGCUAGAAAUGUACGGGCAUUUUUCUGGCAUCAAUCGUAAGGUGCAAAUGAAAUACCAACCGAAAGGACGUCCGCGAGGAUCUAGUUCAGACGAUGGUAAACACCGUUCUAUAGAUGCCCCAAAGGACCCUUCACUGGUUUUAAUUUUAAAAUGGGGAGGUGAACUAACCCCGGCCGGUCGAAUUCAAGCUGAAGAGUUGGGAAGAAUUUUCCGAUGCAUGUAUCCGGGAGGACAAAGUCGUGACGGAAAGGAGGGUCUAGGUGCCCAAGGUUUAGGUCUUUUGCGGUUACAUUCAACCUUUCGCCAUGAUUUGAAAAUAUAUGCUUCGGACGAAGGUCGAGUUCAAAUGACGGCAGCGGCAUUCGCGAAAGGACUGUUGGCGUUGGAGGGAGAGUUGACUCCAAUAUUGGUACAGAUGGUGAAAAGUGCCAAUACUAAUGGUUUACUAGACAAUGACUGUGAUUCGAGUAAAUAUCAAAACAUGGCGAAGUCGCGUUUGCAUGAGCUAAUGCAAAUCGAUCGGGAUUUCACGGUAGAAGAUCGUGCCGCAAUAAAUCCCGACAAUGCCAUAAGUAUCAACCUCGCAAUGGAUUUUGUCAAGAAUCCAGUCAAGUGUUGCGCACAUGUACACUCGCUAAUUCAAUCCUUGCUUGGAGUUGUGGCUGUAAAAAGGGAUGACCCUAAGACUAGGGAUGCGGUACUGUAUCAUGGAGAAACAUGGGAACUCAUGGGUCGCAGAUGGGGUAAAAUAGAAAAAGACUUCUGCACCAAAAGCAAAAACUAUGAUAUUUCGAAAAUACCAGACAUAUACGAUUGUAUUAAGUAUGACUUGCAACAUAACCAACAUACCCUUCAGUUUGAUUUGGCUGAAGAAUUGUACAUAUACGCUAAGUAUUUAGCAGAUGUUGUGAUUCCACAAGAGUAUGGCUUAACGGUUCAUGAGAAACUGACGAUAGGUCAAGGAAUUUGUACGCCUCUUUUGAAGAAAAUUCGCGCUGAUUUGCAACGAAACAUUGAAGAAGUUGGCGAUGAAAGUGUAAAUCGACUGAACCCUCGGUAUAGCCAUGGUGUUUCAAGCCCCGGUAGGCAUGUUCGAACACGGUUGUAUUUCACUAGUGAAAGUCACGUUCAUUCGUUAUUGACCGUAUUACGUUACGGUGGUCUCUUGAACGUUCUAACCGACGAGCAGUGGCGUCGGGCGAUGGAAUAUGUAUCCAUGGUUUCGGAAUUGAACUAUAUGUCCCAGAUUGUAAUAAUGUUGUAUGAAGAUCCUACCAAGGAUCCCUGCUCGGAGGAACGUUUCCAUGUAGAGUUACACUUCAGUCCGGGAGUAAACUGUUGUGUGCAGAAAAAUUUGCCUCCUGGUCCGGGCUUUAGACCGCACAGUCGCAAUGAUUCCGUUACAUCAAAGAAUGCGAGUGGCGACGAGGAGAGCACAUCCCGUAUUGACGAAGAAAAUGAUACGGAAGAGGAGAAUUCCCAUGGAUCUUGUCAAACUCUCUCGAAAGAAAAUUCUUUCACAGAAACGUUUAAAAACAAAGACAGAAAGAUUCGUAAGAUCAAAUCAUCUGAGCCAAUCCCAAUUGGAUCUUGUCACACUGUGUCUGGCCAUGAAGCUAUGGAUUUAGCGAAGAGGUUAAGCGAAGAGAUAGCCGCGCAGCAACAAACCGGACUGCAGAGACCUCUCAGUCCGGAUGAGCCACGUGCCGCUCGAUCGUUCGAGCACGGUAAACAUGGAAGAAUCAAGGGCGAAAUGUCAUCUGCCAUUAUAGAACCCGAAUGUGCUUACGAAAAGGCAAUGGACGAAAUUCGCUUUUCUUCAACGGAAUUUUCACAAAGACCAGACACUCUUAGAAAUGACUUCACCUGGUUUGAUUCACACAACACACUAGGAACAAACAACAAAAUUCGCGAACACUACGCACAGACUACCAUACUAACAAUUGAUGAAAUACCUUCAACUUGUCAAAGUUUCUUCGUACGCGAAUCAUAUUCAUGUGAUUCGAUCGACGAAUUCAGGCCGAAUAUGACAGAUCAAGAUCUGUACGUUUCUUCAUUUUCAGAUACAGACUCUGAAACGUCACGUUACUAUAGCGCUUGUCAUGAUUUUGAUCCUUUCCACUACAAAUAUCCGCUGAGUAGCAGAGCUUUGUCAUAUACUUUUUCUAACGAUCCAGAAAAAGAUAAUUUGGUAACUCCCUUCGGUGGCCUCGGUUACAAAUCGUUGUUUUGUCCAUCGCUUCCACAAAUUAGCAAAAGUUUUGACGAUUUAGAUUACUUGACGGAUGCCGAUACGCCUCGCAUUCUCGAGAAUGGUUCAACCAUUACAUUGCUGUUUCAGGGCAAACCAUCUACUCGCAGCCCUUGUGUAAGAUUUCAAUCUCAAAAGCUUGCUAAUGCUGACUCUGAACGGCUGAAAUCAGGUUUUCCAACAAACGUUUCGGGUUUAUUUCGAGUUGCCAGUGAUCCUGGGCUACCAAUUCGUAGCUUAGAUUAUUUUGCGAACCAUUUGGAUCAUGCCCAAUCUGCUCAUGAGACAAUAACGUUUAUUUCUCUGACUAGUCCACCGCCCGACGAGAUGUUGACAGAUAUAACUUUAGACCGCAGCUUCAAAGUUUUGCUGGACAGAGCUGGUCAACCGGUCUACUCCGAUAAAAUGACCACUGUGACUAGCGACCAGGAUAGUAAACCUAUUAAUACCGCUAUUUGUACCACAACUAACAACAACAGUAACAAUAACCUUGCACCUAAUCGCAAACCUCAAUGUUCAAAAUUCGUCAAAUCAUACACCACAGACAACAGCGCGAUCCCGUCCGGCGGUUGCAGUGUUGCCGUUGUUGGUGGUGGUGGGUCCGGUGGUGUAUGCCAGGCUUCCUCCUCUCACGGUUCGUCCCACUCCUCCACCGGUGGCGCAACUGUAAGACGUCAACGACACAGCAUUGCCGGCCAGAUGAGCUACUUUAAGAUGCUAGGUGGCUUCGGUAAGAAAAUGGCUACCAGUACCAACAGUUUGUUCAGCACCGCGGUCAUCAGUGGCAGCUCGUCGGCACCGAACCUACGUGAUAUGAUUCCGAGCACGGCCUCACCGUCAGCAAUUGAAGGAUUUGGUGGUGUGCCUCCGAUCCGGCCACUCGAGACGUUGCACAAUGCGCUUUCGCUGCGCCAGCUGGACCACUUUCUGGAAAAAAUGACGACCGGACCGUUGUUCAAGACGCCAGCCUCUUCGCCACCGAAGUACCCUUCGACGCCGCUCCCAACCCCAACGCCAAGCCCAGCGAUUCCCGAGCGAUCCGUGCUGCCAACGGCGAGCUGGAGUGGACACUCGAGCAUGACUAGCAGCAUGAGCGCAAUGUCCAGCGGCGGUCCGUCCUCUCCCAAUUAUAGCGACAUGCUUUCCCGCGGAUGUCCUAGUAGUGACAUGUCGGCUAGCAUCACUAGCACUGAUGGGAGCAUUGCGUUAGCUGCUGGCGGAGGAACCCGAGAUAAUAUGCCAAAAAUAUUCCCCAUGAUUGAUAACGAUUUGAACGUGCUUGGGUCCCAUUUUAAUUACGACCAGCUUGCGGCUAGUAUUAAUUUGGAAAGUUCGGCUAAGAUUCCACCCAUCAGUAAAGACGGUACGCUAGACAUCAGCGGUGAUUUGACUCCCAUCAGCACCUGCUCAGAUUGGGAGUUCAAUACUAACGAUGCUACGAAGGGUUCGACAAAUACCAACAAUGACCUAACUGCUGAGGAUGAUGACGAAGAUGCCACUAUUUCGACAGACACUUGUUUGAGUACCGGAGAAAUUACAGCUGCAAGCGAAGAAUCAAAUACGACUCCAAAUCUUAAUAUAACUUUGGGUUCUACCAGCAGCAGCAAAACAGUCCAGAAAGAGUUUCUUUUCGAUAUGAAAAAUAUUAAACAUGAUAUGAGCAUUUUGAGGAGCGAAGAUCUCGUACCAUCUUCUUCAGCAUCGUCAUAUUCAACGGAAGUAAUCCCCAAAAUAGAAAACCGUUUACGCGGUAAUCGUAUUCAAAAACAGAUUAGUCUAUACGAGAAAGAUCUACGAACUGAGGCAAAGAACUUAUCACAUGAAUUGAACAAAUUUGGCGAACGAUCUGCUACCAGCUUGAAACGAACCGCAUCUUGUAACGCUCCCGAAACAAGCCAUUCGCACAUGUCGUUCGAAGAGCUCCAAAAGGAUUUUCCGAAUAUAGAGAAAAAUUUAGUCAGCAAAUUUGAACACGAACAAGAAAAAUGUUCCAAAUCCAGUAAAUCCGUAUCGACCCGCUUGAACAACUCACCCACUCCAGGUGCGCUUGUGAUUCGUGAAGGGUUCAUCGAACCCCCACGGAUAACUAGAGUCCCGAAGAGCUUUCACGGUAAAACUGACCACCAUCAGAUUCAGGUGAACGAUCUGGCUAGGCGAGCAAGUGACUUAGCGCGACCGUCGUCUUCUGUGUCAGCGCUCGCUCCCACAGCGUUACAAUUCUGCGGAAGAGACUCAGCCAACAAGUAUAAUAAAAAUCAAAUACGGCAAAGUAUUAAUACGAUUUCAGUUAGUAACAGUACGAAAACGGGCACACAUACAGUGGGGAAUGCAGGACCAAAUGGAGCAAAUGCCGGAUUGGGAAGAUUUACGACUUCUAUUGUGCAAGAACCGCCGGCAGGUAUCAUGGAAACUGUCCAACGAGCAGAUACUAACACGGGAAUGAAUCAAUUCGCUGGAGAUGUACUUACAGCAAGUUCUACUGUUGGCGUUGGACAAUCCGAAAAGCUACCACAACAGUCGAGUCAAGAUCGAGCAGAUACAGAAAAAUAGUGACCAUAAUCUAUAGAUGUUUUUUUUUGCAAACCAAUCGUAUUGCACAGUAAAAAAGUAUUACUAUCAUCAUUCCACGCAGAACUAGAACAUUUU